AACCACCUUGUGCUUGCCUGGUACCUUAUUUACAGCUACGGUGGCAGGAGCGGUGUCAAGUUAUUAAUUAAUUAGGUAGCAUUAAUUGGUUGUAAAUUAAUCGAUUCGAUUGUGCCGAAACAGUUAAUGAACUCGGACACCGCGAAUGUGUAUUUAAUUCACUUGCCGGUCGAGUACUACAAAAGAUUCAAUUUUCACCAACACUUCGAACUGAUAACAUCGCAGAUCCGAAAUCAAAAUGUCAUCCGUUCGGACCGAGACUCAGACCAAGAAGGUAUACAAGAUACCUGCUAAAAUCCCACCCAACGCAAAACCCAUCGACGCCGAAGAAGAGCAGCGUGAUUUAAUCAUAGAAAAAACCGAAGAUGUCGUCAUUGAAGAAAAACCCUACAAGAUGGAAAUCGUCUGGUUCAAUGCGAUCGGAUUCUUAUUGCUGCAUUUGGCGGCUUUAUACGGAACUUAUUUAUGUAUAUUUAGCGCGAAAUUUCUAACCACGCUUUGGGGAGUAUUUACAGCGUACUUGGCUGCUUUGGCGGUAACAAUGGGAGCUCACAGGUUAUACACUCAUAGGACAUUCAAAGCCAACAAAUACGUACGAUUAAUUUUAGUAGUAAUUCAAACAAUGGCUGGACAGAACUGUUUAUGGGUUUGGAUCAGAGAUCACAGACAGCAUCACAAAUACAGCGAUACGAACGGAGAUCCUCAUAAUUCGAGUAGAGGGUUCUUCUUCUGUCAUAUAGGUUGGUUAAUGGUACGUAAACACCCCGACGUGAUCAGAAAAGGCAAAACUAUCGACAUGUCUGAUAUAAAUCAAGAUCCUAUGGUUAUGUUCCAAAAAAACCAUUAUAAGAAAUUAUUUGUAAUUUUCGCGAUUGGAGUACCGACAGCGAUCCCAUGUUUGUUGUGGAAUGAAACCCUAUGGAAUUCGUUUUUCAUUAGCUUUGUAGCCAGAUUAAUUUACAGUUUGAACUUCACUUGGUUAGUCAACAGCGCGGCUCAUAUUUUUGGCACUAGACCUUUUACCAAAGACAUGUCACCGGCGGAAAACAGCUUCGUAUCAUUUUUCGGUCUAGGCGAAGGAUGGCACAACUAUCACCACACGUUCCCAUGGGAUUACCGAGCCGCUGAAUUCGGACAACACUUCAACAUCACCACUAGCGUAAUAGAUUACUGUACGAAAAAAGGCUGGGUUUACGAUGUAAAAUGCGCUUCUCAAGAGCUAGUUAAACGACAAGCGGUGAAAAAAGGCGACGGUACGCAUCCAGUUUAUGGUCAAAUGAACCCGAACGAUAUACCAGUCAGCGAAAACUAUUAGGCUUAAUUUAUUGCUUGCUACCAAAAACUCGAAUCCUAAGGAUACCAUAAUUUAUUUAAAAUACGAAAUAUGGAAAAUAUCGUAUAAUUGCGCACUCGUCAUUUUGUUCUAUUUUUUUUUAAUAGCUAAUAAGUUUUUAGUCAUGUGUUUCAUUAUUUUUUUUUCUAAAUAAAUUCAUAAAAUAUGA